AUGAAGGACAACGACAUUCCUCUUUAUAGUUCGCCUCAGCUGGGCCAGAAGGUUACUACUUAUGCCGAACAGCACUCGACGCCACUGCCCAAGUACAUUGGCGACUAUCAUGCAGACAUCUCUGCUAAUCGUGAAGAUUCGUAUUAUAUGAGCUCCGUCUUUCAGUCUCAGUAUAAUACCUUUCUUGCAAAGUCUACUGGUACCAAAAGAGUUCUUGAAAUCGGUGUCUAUGCUGGCUUCUCGGCCCUCGUCUGGGCCGACGCUGUCGGUCCAAAUGGAUUUGUGACAGGUUUAGAAUUCGAGCCUGAGUACGCUGAAUUAUCUAAGAAGGCCUUCAAAGAAAACAACAUCAACAAUGUAGAGAUCAUUGUUGGUCCUGCAUCCGAGUCUCUACCCAAGCUCAACCCUAGCGAGCCUUAUGACCUUGUUUUUAUCGACGCAGACAAGACAGGUUACCCAGGGUAUUUGAAACAGCUUCUCGAGCUGUCCAAGCCUGGUAGCUCAAACAGAGUCCUUCGUCCAGGCGCCCUCAUCGUCUCGGAUAAUGUGCUGCGUAGGGGCUUGGUCGCCGAUGAUAAAGCGCUCGGCGAUGACGAGCUUCAGGGGGACCAGUUGAAGAACGUCUUGGCUGUGCGCGAGUUCAAUGACUUGGCGCUACAGAGUUCUCGGCUUGAGACGUUUAUUCUGCCGCUGUGGGACGGUGUUAACGUGUCGCGCUUGGUUGAUUAG